AUGCAUGGUUGGGGCCUCUUCUUCUUCCUCCUCUUCCUCCUUCUCAUCUUCGCUAUCGUCGGAUGGGUGGUCUACACACAAUACAGCGCCCGCAAACAAGGCCUCCCUGCCCCGUCCCUCAAGUCAUGGAAAACUUAUAUCCCGUUCCUCAAGCCUCAAGCCUCCUCAAACUACCCUGCCCCUCGGCACGCAGGACCCUUGGAAUGGGCCAGAGAUCAAUUCGCCAAGCUGACCAGAAGGCGCACGGCAAGGGGAGCCUACGAAGAAGCCGGAAGCGGCGCUGAUGGACUGGUGUCCGGCAGUGGAGGCAGAGGCAGAGGGGGAAGGGGCAUGGAGGACGACGCAUGGGAUACGCGUGUAGGGAACGAAGACCCCUACGGCCCAGGAGCGGGCGGAUAUUCCGGGUACGAAGAACAAGAGCUCGGGUUAGCCCCGACACCGGGAUUGCAGAACGAACCCUACGGCGGCGGUGCCUCCCGUGGUGCUGGCGGUGCUGGCGGAGGAGACUACUUGGGUGCUACGGGAAGCGCGGGGUAUUCCGACAUCGACGUCAGCGGAGGCGGACGAGGUCGCCCGGGCAGUUCUUCCAGAGACAACCCCUUUGGCGAUCAGCAUGAAGCUCCAAGACUGAGGAGCGUGAGCCCCAGACCGGAUGCAGAAGUCAUCUCUACGAAAGGCCACACGAAAGGAAACCAGAGUCUGGACACCCAGGGCAGUGGCAGUGGAGACGGCAACUCGAGUCCCAUCAGCACGAGGAAAAGCGUCUUUCGAGAAGGUAUAUAG